GUGUAGACGGCUUACGGACCACGUCUCAUCUGGAAAUGAGAGUGGGGGGUCAACUGAGCUAGCAAAUCGGAACACCCCAACGCUCCCUCCUCUUCAAUUCCCCCAACAACGACUCCGUCCAAACCGAACUUAUUCCGGCGAACUCAUGACGACCGACGACCACAACAAGUCCGACGCCAAGGUCUGGAAGCUUUGGCCUUUCUGCCACUCCGGAACCUCAUCUUCAUCACCCUCUUCCACUCAGAACCUCAACUCUGCACGCCGUGACGGGGUUAGAUCCUCUACCUCGGCCACCUCUAUCUCUCUCUCUUCCGUUGCUAGAUCCUUCCUCCCUGCUCACCGUCGCCUGCGCCUCGAUCCAGCUAAUAAUCUAUAUUUUCCUUAUGAACCAGGAAAGCAGACGAGGAGUGCUGUUAGGAUUAAGAACAAUAGCAAAUCUUAUGUAGCUUUUAAGUGAUUCAAGUAUUCAACCAUAUGGUCCAUAUUAGAAAAAGGUGUUUAGUGGAAAAACAGUUGUGCUGUAUGUUCAUUGAAUGAGCAGUUGAGUAUACACUCUUAUAGAUUCCCCCCCCCCCUUUUCUAUUCAAGUUUCAAACAACAUCACCAAAGAGCUGUUAUAUGCGACCUCCGGGAGGUAUUCUUGUGCCUGGUGAAAACAUUAUUGUCACUGUCUUCAAAUUUGUGGAGCAUCCAGAGAAAAACGAAAAACCGCCCUUGGAUAAAAAAAGCAAGGUCAAGUUCAAGAUCUUGAGCUUGACAAUAAAAAAAGGUGCAGACUAUGUGCCAGAGCUGUUUGAAGAGCAAAAAGAUAAAGCAACUGUUGAGCGAGUUUUGAGAGUGGUUUUCCUGGACCCAGAACGCCCUUCUUCGGCACUGGAUAAGUUGAAGCGCCAGUUGGCCGAAGCUGAUGCUGCUACAGAAGCUUACAAGAAACCUGUGGUCGAUACAGGUCCAAAAGUUGUGGGAGAAGGUCUUGUAAUUGAUGAAUGGAAGGAGCGACGAGAAAAAUAUCUAGCGCGUCAACAAAUCGAAGAAGUGGAAUCAAAGUAGAAACCCGUUAAUCCAAAACCACCCAUUUUGUGCGACCCUUUGCUAAUGUGAUUGGAGAAGGGUAGUGUUCCGCAUAAUGUAUAGUUUGCAUAAUAAUGUGAUUUGGGAUUACUCCCUACUAUCUCAUGUGUGCUGAAAUGGAUCUUAUGAGCAAGAAUGAGCUUUUCUAGCACGUAGGUAUUCUUUUUGGAUAUUAGUACUCCCUUAAAAAAACCACAAUCAUGACUCACAUUUUUAUUUUCAAGAAUGCACCUGUAUGUUUGUAAUCAAAUGUGUAGUACAUUACAGACUGAUUCUGUACUCUGAGCUAGUGUAAGAUUGUCUUUAUUGAUUAAAUGAUUGUCCUGUUGAAAGUGACCUAAUUUUUGAAUAAAUUUCUUGUCUCGAG